GUUUGACAAAACGUUUUCAACUACAUUUGGUGGAAUGAAUACGCCCCGGGUUUACACCAACGCGUCCGUAUGGUUGACCAGUUUGCUAGAGAGUUCGCGCUCGCGAAACCGUCCAUGCAAACUAGCUAGCCGGAAAAGCUUCUGUAGCUAGCUCAGAACCCUUUACCCUUUCCUUGCACCAACUUCUCUGUCAUCAAAGAUGGCGUUUUGCUGAGUGCUCAUGGACACAUCUCAUCAUGGAUGCAUAUCUUCUAGCCUAAACGUGUACUUGUAUUGGUAUUUUACUGUCAGUUCUUUUUUACUUUGGAAUAUAACACAACUGUAGAUAGUUAACAGAAGCACAGUAGGGAAAGUCGCAUCAGUUACCGCUACCAUGCAAAUUACGCUAAAAACACUGCAACAGCAGACCAUUCAAAUCGACAUAGACCCAGAUCAAACGGUGAAGGCGCUGAAGGAGAAGAUAGAAGCGGAGAGGGGGAAAGACAACUUCCCAGUGUCUGGACAGAAGCUCAUAUAUGCUGGCAAAAUCCUGCAGGAUGACACCCCUAUUAAAGACUACAAAAUUGAUGAAAAGAAUUUUGUUGUAGUUAUGGUAUCAAAGGCAAAGUCUGCCACAGCUGCUUCACCGCCAUCCUCAGAGGCACCCAAGGCCCCGGUCCAGGACUCCGGGCUGUUGUCUGCGGGCCCAGCCCAUGCAGCCCUUCCCAUCCCACAAGAUGAGGCCAAAGAGGAGCCUACACCUUCAGUCACUGAGCCUGUGGCUCCAGCCAGUUCAGACCCGGAUGUGGAGGUCCCGGGGGGAGACGCCUCCUCAGCCUUGGUGACAGGAGCGGAGUACGAGACCAUGCUGACAGAGAUAAUGUCUAUGGGCUAUGAGAGGGAGAGAGUGGUGGCAGCCCUCCGAGCCAGCUUCAACAACCCUCAUCGGGCUGUGGAGUACCUCCUCACUGGUAUCCCCAGCAGCCCGGUGCAGGAGACUAAUCCCACAGCACCGCUUCCCUCUUCUGUCCCCACGGACCCCCCUGCUGUCGCUGAGGGAGAGAAUCCUCUGGAGUUCCUCCGUUCCCAGCCCCAGUUCCAGAGCAUGAGGCAGGUGAUCCAGCAGAACCCCUCACUGCUGCCGGCUCUCCUCCAACAGCUUGGCCAGGAGAACCCGCAGCUCCUCCAGCAAAUCAGCCAGUACCAGGAGCUGUUCAUCCAGAUGCUGAAUGAGCCGGCUGGGGAGGCAGGAGACGUGUCUGAAGGAGGAGACCUGGGGGCUGCGGGGGAGGAGGGAGCUCCAGUCAACUACAUCCAGGUCACGCCCCAGGAGAAGGAAGCCAUCGAGAGGUUGAAAGCGCUGGGUUUCCCGGAGGCGCUGGUCAUCCAGGCCUACUUUGCCUGUGAGAAGAAUGAGAACCUAGCUGCCAACUUCCUCCUCAACCAGGGCUUUGAGGAUGAAUGAGAGGCGCUGGCCUGCCCUCCUUUCUGGCCAAGCACAAGGACUGCACCCCACUGUAGAGCAACAAUCCUGGGGUGAUUUCAGAGGGGGGCGCGGGGGGGGUGUGAUGGUGUGGAGGGUUGGGAUCAUAAAGGGGUUGUGUGGGUGUGGUGAAACAUGAAGAAUAAUGAAAUCCACUUGAAUUCCAAUGGAAUGUGUGAGAUAUGUUCAGGGCAAAGUUUUAGAGGAGCAUUGGCAACUGGCUGGCGAGUGGGGUGGGUCGAGUUGUUUGCAGAGUAUGUAUGUGUCUGUUUGUCUAUGCAGGUGGGUGACAUUCAGUUAAUGCAUAAAGUAUUUGAAAUGUAUAUCUAACGCUUGUUAAUGCUGUAGCUGGUUCUAAUGGAAGCAAAUUCUUGAUGCAGUUCUGCAAUGUAAACUGUGUGUGUGUGUCUGCGUGUGUGUGUCUGCGUGUUUGUGUGUGUGUGUCUGCGUGUUUGUGUGU